AUGUCUUCUCCAAGUUCUGUCGCGCAAUGCUUGCAAAAGCUUCAGCUGCAGCAACAAGAAGACAUCGACGAUGUGGAUGUGGAGGAUACAAUUGUAUCACCACUUGUGAAUGACAGCACCGAUGUCGUCGGUGCCUUUAAAAAUUGCCCAGUCGAUAUCAUCUUGCAGAUCAUGAGCGAGCUUGAUCUCGUUUCCAAAGUUUGCUUCUCGCUAACUGGUUCCCACUUCCGAAGAGUAUUCAGGAAGUAUUCCGACAUCGACAACUACAUUCAUGGUAGUUGUCACCCUUUAACUCCCGAUACCUGCUAUGCAGCUCGGCUGUCCUUACCUCUAAGCCUGCAAGUAUCGAAGUGCGGAAACUAUAUAUUGGAUUUGGACAAGCGCUGCUUUGACUGUCUGCCACUUGAUGAUAGUGAAGUGGAAUGGUACCCGACUCUCGCGGACUUGUUGUGGAACGAGAGCUUCUUCUGGAGCGGCGGCGCACAAUGGUGCGACGGGUGCUACAGAGUUCUGCCACCUACAAGUUGGGAUCAGUGUGCAAUGGAGAAGGAAUUCUGGGGCCAUGUUGAGAGCCCCUCGUCGAUCAAACUCCUGCCUCAUGAAUACAUCACCGACCUUCUUGCCAGAGCUCUUGUCCAGGGUGUCAAGAAGCGUCGCGAGGAUUAUUCUUUCAUCGGUGAUCCUGACAGCUUUAUCCCGCAAAUAAAGGCCCUUAGCUUCGGCGGCGAACCUUAUCAGUCUCGAAGAAACGAUAUUGAUUUGACUAUCUGCGCAAAAUGCAGAGUCAAGAAGAUCGUUACUGAUAACGGUCGCAGACAAGAAGCGUGGACCUGGGGAUCGAGCGGGUUGGAAGACACUGGAAAGGAGGCCGACGGAGUCAAUAUGGUUGGACAUGGCAAGAACAUAGGACGGAUUGUGUAUGCGGAUCAUUUGGCGGAGCCUCAAUUUGAGGAUAGCUGGAUGUAUUUCGUAUUGUGGGAAGACAUCCUGAGAGAAUCUGGACUUUUCGUAAAAGAGUAUGAGAAGGCAGAGUUGCCGUGUUCGAGAAGCAAAGUCUCGAGGACUUCUGAGUUGGCAGAGUUGGAUUGGUAA